AUGAGAUGCUGGCAACGACCGGCAGUGCUGCUCUGCUUCUUCUAUCUUGUUGGUCUGAGUACAACAUUGAGCCACAUCGUGUACUACAUCCACCUGAGCGGGACUGUUGCUGGUGAUGGCUAUCGUCAACAGAGUAACAUCCGUAUCGGGACGGCGUUGGCUGUUCUUACGCAAUUCUCCUUCGUCACGGCCGUCUGGCUCUGUUAUACACAGUGUCUCUGGCGUAACCUUCAACGCAAACCGAUGAGCCCUCGGGCUCUCAACGCGGCCUUCGGAGCCAACGAGUCAAUCUUGUCUCUCGCCAAUACAGAAAUGCUGCGCAGAUUCAAGCUCGGGUCGGCCCUCGCUCUGCUGGCCUGGUGUCUCCUCCUCCCAGCCUUCUUCACGCCAUCGACGCUGUACAUCCUUCCCAGCACCAGGCGGUCCGUGGUCGACCAAAUGGUCCCCCAGCCCGCCAUCUCAAACAGUUCAGAUGGCCACCGGUUCGCCUACAGCCCCCCGACCCAGCGGAACCUGACGUACCUGGCCGCCGACGAGCCCCGCACCUUCGCCGGCCCCCGAACAGCCCUGAGCCUCGUGUCGACAGCCGCCUCAGCCCUCGGGGAGAUCCUCCCGCUGCCGGCCCCGCACGAGCACGCGAGCUACAACACGACCUUCUUCGGCCCCGCCGUCCGCUGCGGCCCUGCCAACGCCAGCGCAGAGGCCCUCAUCGACGGCUUCCUCCGGCAGAAGAUGGCCCAGCCGCUUGGCUCCGCCCGCGAGGCCGACAACGCCUACUACGCCUUUGUGCCCGUACGCGUCAACGGCACGCUCGCGCCCGUGUCGAAACCGCGCGACAGGGCGCCCAGCAACGCGACGAACGAGGUCUGGAUCAGCUUGUCGCGCUACGUCGACGACGACGACGAAGACGACGGGGGAUCGCCGCGGCAGGGCGGGCUCCGGCCCCGCGCGAGGCAGCGGCUCGUUUGCGAGCUGUGGAACGCGAGCUACCACGUCGCCGUGUCGUGGGAUCACGGGGUACAGAGCGUCUGCGGCAGCUUGCUUCUGCUGGGACGCGUCGGGUUCUCUGCGGCUGGCGAGGCGGUGGCGGCGACGGAUAUGGCGAAGCAUGCCUAUUCCGCCUUCAUGUGGGUCAUCACGGACCAGGUCGUGGGAUCUCUGUCGUGGUACGAAGACGCAGCGCUGGAGCAGCAGGAGCGGACGCCUCAGAACCACAAGGCGCUGCUCCCCGAUUUUGAAAAGUGGUCGGACGCCAAGCCUUCGGCGUCGAGGGACAAGAAGCCGCCGGCCGACAGACGUCGCAGCGUGCCCGAGGUGAGCGAAGCAGGCGCCUCAGCCCCCGCGCCGGGAGCAGCGCAGUUCGGCGUCAUCGACACGCAGCUGGAGCACAAUGUCCUCCUCGGCUGCGACGACCUGGACGUCUUCUUCGACUUUAGCCAGCGGCUCUACAGCUUUGACACCUCGCGGCUGAAGGGCCUCAAGGAGCAGCGCCGGCGGGACAAGGCUGUGGCCGGUGGCCUGCCGCUUGGUAAACUCAUCCAGCAGCUGGCCUUCAACGUGACUGUUAGCUUGCUGCACAAUGAGCUUUUGACACAACCUGCCCAGACGUCUGUAGAGAUGAUAGACGACGUGAACCGCUACGGAUACUUAGUGUUGGGCCUUUUGAUACCGUAUGCGCUGGCGAACCUCUUUACAUUGGCUGUUGUUCUGUUGGGUUGUUACUCCUACUUCAAGCAUGGGCCUAUGCCGGGGAAAUCCUUCUCCGAUGUGGCUCGAGUCUUGCGGGACCCGGAGGUCAUGGAUUCCUUGGACCAGAGCCAAUGUUCGUUGAGGGUCGUCGAGGUGGAGAGGCGACUCUCGUUUCGGUGCGAUGAAAGCAGUGGCGGCAGCAGGAAAACUUCCGUCUGGGCUUCGGCUGAGAAAUGUUAA